UUUGUAAUUUAUCUGCAGAAAAACGUUGUUUUGAGCUUAAAAAGCAGUAGCAGUAUGCAAAUAAGCGAGACAAAUGAACGGCUCUUUCACCGAUGAGAUUCGGUUCCCGACGUUGAACAAAAAUAUUCAUUCAAAAAGAGCCGUUCGCUCGUGAACGAGCCAUCACUAUCCCCUACAUUUAAACAAGUGGACUGAAUUUGGACUGAAAUAACUGUUACUUAUAUCACUGAUAGCGGGUGUACGCAAGCCGCUCUUCAAUGAAUUGCCUUUAAUCAGCGAUGGACUGGAUUUAAUCCGAUCGCGCAAUAGGUUACGAGAACGAUCCAGACACAAGAGGACGUCUCAUCCUCAUCCCAGACUGGAAACACCAAGGAUACACAGAGGAAGCUUUGAAGCGGGAGCUCUAAAUGAAGGAGGCUUUUUUCAAAAUGACUUAAAUCCUAAUCUGGAUUACCUCUGUCUUUGUGCUGUCCUCAUAGAGAAACCAUCAGAGCCAGUCAGAAUGGUGACGCAUCACACCCACAGAGAAUGGUCUAUUACAUUGAAUUAAACCACCACACAAAGGGCCACAACCACCAUUUCACAGUGUAGAGCUACAACAAUCUAGAACACAGGUAGAACAAAGAAUUGUUCUAAUCUAUUCUCACAAGAUCUACAACCACCCACUCACAAACACAAGUCAGAGCGACGGAGGCCCCGGUGAAGAGUACAUCAUACUGCGACCAACUUCUCUUGACUACGACCACUAGUUUGAUUCUGGUAGCCAGGUGUGGUUCUUAUUCCCGGGGUUGUCAUGGAAGCAGGCUCCACCCCUAGGAUCAAGGUGUAUAGUGCCUGGGAUCAGGUGGAGGAGACAGACCAGGUGGAGGAGGAGGAUGAGGAGAAGGUGGGUUCGGCUUCAGAAGACCAUAUGAUGAACCUCAAGGCCCUGGCGCAGAAGCUGAGGCUGGAAACACGGAGGCUGUCCUACCUCGAGUGGAAGGCCUGUUUAGAGGCCCAUAGCACCAAAACCCUGAUUGUACCACAGCAGAGCACCAGGGACUUAGUGGAGCCAGAAGAGCAACGGGUAGUGCCCCAGAGUGAGGGCAGGUCAGACAGUGAGAGCACCAAAUGUCUGGCUGAACCACAGCUACAGCAGGAGCUCCACGCAGAGCAACAAGAGGAGCAGGAGAAGGCCAAACGAGAACCGGGGGAGCCCAGAGAGAGCCUCCUGACCUCAGGUUUGACCUGGCAGCACAGCCUGCCCUCUGGAGUGCCGAGGAGACUUAAGAACAUCGAUGAGGCUGUGGGGUGGCUCAGGAAAGAACUGAAUGAAAUGCCUCUCCAGGACCAGCAGUUGGCCCAUCAGCUGAUGCGUCUCCAUAGCGACAUCAACAAAGUGAAGAUCGAGCAGACGUGUCACCAGCACCGCCGCAUGCUCAACGAUGCCACCUACGGGCUGGAGGAGAGAGAUGAGUUGAGUGACCUGCUCUUUGACUCCCCCGUCACACCCGGGUUCGGACUCUCCACCCCGCUGAGACUCAUAGGGGUCACCAAGAUGAACAUAAACUCUCGACGCUUUUCCCUCUGCUAGCUAGCGAGAGAGAGAGAGAGAGAGAGAGAGAGAGAGAGAGAGAGAGAGAGAGAGAGAGAGAGAGAGAGAGAGAGAGAGAGAGGAGCAUGUAGUUUGUUUUCUAUGUCAGUGGGAGGAGCAUAUAGUUUGUUUUCUAUGUCAGUGGGAGGAGCAUAUAGUUUGUUUUCUAUGUCAGUGGGAGGAGCAUAUAGUUUGUUUUCUAUGUCAGUGGGAGGAGCAUAUAGUUUGUUUUCUAUGUCAGUGGGAGGAGCAUAUAGUUUGUUUUCUAUGUCAGUGGGAGGAGCAUAUAGUUUGUUUUCUAUGUCAGUGGGAGGAGUAUAUAGUUUGUUUACUAUGUCAGUGGGAGGAGCAUACAGUUUGUUUACUAUGUCAGUGGGAGGAGCAUAUUGUUUGUUUACUAUGUCAGUGGGAGGAGCAUAUAGUUUGUUUACUAUGUCAGUGGGAGGAGCAUAUAGAUGGUUUCCAGAAUGAUGUAAAUCCCCCCAACAGAAGCAGCUACAAAUCCUCCUCUUACCAUCAGCCUUAACAAGGCUUUUCCUGAAACUGAACCUGACUAUUAGAUAUGAUGGCACUUUUAAAACAUUCUGAUCCGGUCCUAGGUCGGGGUUCCACAUUCUGAUCCGGUCCUAGGCCGGGGUUCCACAUUCUGAUCCGGUCCUAGGCGGGGUUCCACAUUCUGAUCCGGUCCUAGGCCGGGGUUCCACAUUCUGAUCCGGUCCUAGGCCGGGGUUCCACAUUCUGAUCCGGUCCUAGGCCGGGGUUCCACAUUCUGAUCCGGUCCUAGGCCGGGGUUCCACAUUCUGAUCCGGUCCUAGGCUGGGGUUCCACA